AUGGCUGUCGGUGCAACCAUCGGCACCGGCCUGUUCAUUGGCGCGGGCCAGGCUCUCGCCGUCGGCGGACCUGCCUCCCUUCUCGUGUCCUAUAUUAUAAUGUCCUUCCUCACAUUUGCCAUGACCACGAGUAUGGCAGAGGUGUCUACACACAUACCCUCACCAUAUGGAACCCUCAUCACCCACAGUUACCUGUACAUGUCAAGCAGCGUGGCAUUCGCCUCAUCAUACCUCCGCUGGUACACCCUUGCACUGUUCGUCCCGUACGAGAUCACAACGGCAAUGGUCAACCUUGGCCUUUCCAAGCCAGGCACCACGAUCGCUAUCCGCUUGGCCAUUAUCACAACCAUCAUUGUUGGCUUCAAUUUCUUGCCGGACAGGCUGUUCAAAAGCUCCGAGCGAUUGUUCACUUCUAUCAAGAUUAGUACAAUGGCGACCUUCUUCGUUUUAGCCUUGGCCAUUGGUCUUGGUGGUGUCGAUGGGCACACUCACUGGGCAUUCAAGUACUGGAAACAUCCAGGUGCCAUGAAUGAGUACAUUUUUCACGGAUUGUGGGGGCGAGUUCUUGGGUUCUUUCAAUGCCUGCUUGAUGCCUCCAUUGCCUUUACCUUUGCCCCCGAGCUGAUUGUGCAUCACGCCGAAAUGCCUGCAUCGGUCGGCCAGUCAACACUUCUGAGUACAGCUAUUCCAGGCAGGGUUUCGUCCGAUGUUUUCCAAACCGCCUUCCCGUAUAUUAUGAGUUCCUUGGCUAUGGGCAUCAUGGCACCAUUCAACGACACCCGCUUGACCAACAAUGGAACAGGCUCUGGGCUGUCGCCAUUCAUGAUCGGAUUCAAAGAUGCUAACAUUCAAAUUAUACCUACCCUUGCGACGGUCGCAAUCCUGCUCUCCUCGGUGGCUUCGGGCCGAUCGUUUCUGUACCUCUCAUCUCGCACUUUGUGUGCCAUGUCAGAGCAAGGUCAUGCUCCUUCGGUUUUUUCGAUUCGCAAUCGAUGGGAUGUUCCGUAUCUUGCUGUUACAGGAUCUGGGUUGUUCUCUGCCCUUGCAUUCAUUGCCGUGAAGGUCCCAAGUCCAAUCAUGAAUAACUAUCUCCUUCAUAUCGUCACGAGCGGCGGUUUCAUUUCCUCGUUGGUCGGGUGCACAAUCCACCGUCACUUUCAUCGGCGUCUGCGGGCCAACAGAAUCGCUCCUCGACACCGCUUUGCUAUGCAACCGUUCGGCACUUACAUCGGAAUGUUCGUCUCUGCGACACUAUUGCUGGCCGGCGGUCUGUGGGGAGGACCCAAAGCCAAUAUCACCGGGACCCGAGCAGCUAGAUUAGUCACUUCUUAUGCCAAUAUAGUAGCGUUUGGUCUGCUGUUCUUACUUCAUCACUUCCGAGACUUCAUUCCUAUUGUUGAGGUCGAACGACCGAUCGAUAUGGAGGGACGGAGACAUGGCGAUCGCGAAGCCCGGGAGGUUCGAUCCCACAAGACGCCUUCGAAUCGUGGAAAACUUGAUGCAAUCCCUGAGACUACUGGUGCAUUUGAGUUGCGACUUAAUCACAACAUAUUCGCAGAGCUCUGA